AUGAAUUUCAGAAGUCUUGAGGAGUUGGCCAUUCAUCCCGAAAACCAGAAGCGGAUUAGAGUUGUGCAAUUGGUAUUUCUUCUCGUCAUAACAAUCUUGGCCCUAACAAAUACUAUUCCAGCAAAGUGUGGAAGUUUGAUCGAUCCAACCGACGACAUCAAAUCAUUGUGCGAAGCUUACUAUGGUAGCAUGUGUAUUGGAUGGAUUGUCUUCGUUACAUACAUAAUCGCCAUCCUGUUAUCAUGGAAAAUCUACAAAAACAGGGCCGAAGAUGAAAAGGAAAAUUCUGGAUUCAGGCUUAUUCGUUUAUGA